AUGGAAGAGAAUGAAUUUUUCUUCCAGUAUUUACAAUCACAUAAGAAGCUAGUUAAGUUUAUAACUGCAGUAACUAAAGGGGAAGAGAUUGGUAAAUCCCCGAAUCUAUCAUUUGAAGAUUAUAGACAGAAAAUUCAUCAAGAAAAUGUCGAGAAGCUUCAGAAGUUUGAAACAAAACUGAAAAGAGUUAACAACAAAGCUUAUGUCCAAUGCAUGUCGAAACCGGCAUAUAUCCCACCAUCAUUUAAUUUUACAUAUCACAAAAUUAGAUUUCUAGAAGAUUUCAUUAAUAACUACCACAAUAAUAUUGAUAAGUUUGUUAAAAGAUAUGUAACAGAAGCUUUACCACUCUUUACUGUUGAGAAUAUGAUUCCAACGUUGUAUUUGCUCGUCAUAGAUCAGAAAAAUCUAACCAAGUAUGUUGAGAAGAAGAAAAAGAAGAUCAAACGACUCAAAGAUUAUCAUGAAACUCUUGUAGACAACUUGAAGAAGAAAUUAAAUGUAAAGUUUACACUAGACAAUACAAUAGCCGCAUUGAACCAAAUAUUAAAUACAAUACAUCCAUCUUUUGACUCUUCACUCGCAUUUUUCUGUCCAAACCCAAUACAAGACUCAUUUGAGGUUUUAUUAUUCCACCCAGAUAUUUUCUGUGCGGAACAAGUGAACAAAAUAUUAACACAUUUCAGCAAGAUGUCUCCUACAGACUUUGUUUUUGCCAUUGUCAAAUUCGUUGAAUUUGUUGGAAAAACAAUAGACAAAACAGAUUCAUUUUCACUCAGUGCAUUAAUCGGAUUAUGUUUUAGAGCAUUUUUCGAUAGAGUUUACCCAGAAGUUAAGCUUUUUAUGGUUCCAGAAUUAUCUUUCGAUUUAAUUGCAACUUUACAUGAUUUCACAGUAGCAGAAAUUGAACCGCCACGCGCAUGCUGCCCACCACUCAAAGAUACAGAUAAAAUACGUGAUAUUUUUAAGAAUGACGCACAUUUUUCAUUGGCAGUUGAACAAGCAGAGUUUAUCAGCUUCUUUACUAAUCCUCUCGAUAUUCUACAUCACAUGUACCACGCGUUAUGCGAAAUAGAGAAAGCUGCCCACGUAUAUGGCGGAAAUGACUCUGCUUUAAUGUCAUUUGACGUCACUUUUGGCCUUGUUUUAUGUGUUUUACUCAGUGCUGAUAUCCCCGAAUUAAUGAGAAUUGCAAUGUUCACAGAUCAGUUUACUCCUGAAACAGGACUUUGCCCAGACUUCGAAUUCGCAAGGGCAAAGCUUAGUACUGCAUCUGUGCAUUUGCAGAACAAAGCACAACAAAAAAUGUCACAAAUGAAACAAUAA